CAGAAUUGGCAUCGAUGGUAGUCGCACGAAACCAGAUUGGCCGAGAUCAUGGACGUGAUGUUUGCUCGUAGUGUCGAGGCGUGUACGGAUCCUUCUGGGUUUUUGUGUGAGUAGGGGCGAUCGGGAGAGGGGGGGAUUUGUCGUUUCGCAGUUGCGGGUACUGUCGCGCUGAAAGUUCGCAUGUACUCGAGGCGAAGAGUGGAGGCUUCGGUAUGCUGGCGCUGUUGAUAGCGAGCGAGGUCUUUGGGUCAGUCUGGCAUAGGAGGAAGUUGAGAGGAAGAAAGAAUUGCAAAAUUGGGCGACAGAGAAGCGGAGCACAAGAGGGAAGCGACGACAAAUGGACGUGAUAUCAUGAAGGGUAGGCUACGUACAGCAAGGGCUGGGACGAACGGGCGUGAAGUGGGAAGAAAGGAAAGAGGGCGACUGAGCGGCCAGCUGGGACGGGGAGGAUUGGAGUUUGGGUCCUUGGACUGGGACUUGGGAGACUGGGACUGGGACUGGGACUGGGAGGAGGAGUACGAAAGUACAAUGGACUGGGUCGAGUACGAAAUUGUUAAGCAACGCAAGGGGGGUGGGUGGAUGUGCGGCGGCGUGCCAGGUGCGAAAGAGGGCGAGGGUGAGUGGGAGAGCUACCUAGGUACCUACUGCGUAAGUUGCAGUGUUGCGGGUGCGGGUGCGGGUGAGGUGCAGGUGCAGCAAGCAGUCCUGGGCAAGAAAGGCAAGGUACCUAGCAGCAGCAACAAGCAGCAGGAGCAGGCACUGGGAAUGUGUGGUGUGCAUGUGAGGUGUGGAGGACGGGAAAAGGAAGGCAGGCGAGCGAGCGAGCGAGCAAGUGCUAAAACCAGGCAGAUCAGGUUUGCCGUCACCCUUCCACCUCACCUCACGUUCACCACUGGGAGCCCCCACUGCCAUUCCUCAGUGCAGCAACGCAGCUCAGAGACCGUGGAGGUUUACCGGGCACGAGGAGGUGUUUCCUCCCAAUGGGUCAUGCCUCCCCUCCCGUCAGCCUACCUACCUACCCAGGUUUUGGUGACAGAACGCGAGUGCAAGUACCUAUGUGCCUACAUACUUUGCCCAACAAAGCAACGCGGGACAGAACAAGAAACAGAACUCGAAGCUCUCCAAACUGUGGAAAAAAAGCUAGAGGAGUGUAACUUGACACCGGGCUAG